AUGGACAACAGACUGAGAAGUACGAUUCUACCAACAUUCAAUGGAGAUGACAAACGUUAUCCUUUUUGGAAAAAGCGCAUAGAAAAUUAUUUCAGACUAGAUGACUUACUUUAUGCCUUUGAGAGAACUCCGUUGGAGGAGGAAAAUGCUUCGCCUGGUAUCAAUGCUUCUCAACAAGCAGAGAACCAUCGAAAGGCAAAAAUGGCUAAGCGACUUAAAGAUGAUUUUCAAGUUGUUAAUGACUUGAUGUUGUGCUUGAAUGAUGAACCCAUGGGGCAUGUUUUGAACUGUGAAUAUGCCAAAGAUGUGAUUGAUACACUUGAUGAAGUAUAUUUGCCCAAAGGUGUGAAUGCAAUGCUUGGGCUGCGAUCACAGCUUUACUUACUUAAAAACAGAAAAUUCAAUACUCUAAAAGAAUUAUUUUCGACACAUGAAGACUUGGUCCGGCAGCUUAAUCUGAUGGGAGAACAAGUUUCUCGCCAAGAACAAAUCAAUACCCUUUUGGCUGCUAUUCCUGAAAAGUUCAGUCAUAUUUUGGGAGCUCUUGCAGUUAUGAGAAAAGACGACGUGAUGAAUAUGACUUUGCUUCAGGUUCAGCGCAUAUUCAUUGAUGCUGACAUCAGUGUAUCCGAAUCAGUUGAUCAGCAACCAGUGGCUUAUAAAAUGACGAAUGGUUGGUGGAAGGAAGCGAAUUCAAAGCAGCAGCAACAUCGCAAAAUGCUGAGGUGCCACGAGUGUGGCAAACUUGGUCACAUACGCCGUUUUUGCGAUGAGUAUUGGCAUAAACCACAGGAGACAGCCCAUGUGACGACAAACACUUCAAAGUAUCACCAUGAUUGCAUGAUGCGUGUGCCAUUCAGUCUUAUGGACACAGACACGCAGAAUCGUGUCGGAGCGAAACGACAACGAGCCGGUCAUCCCUGGCUUAAUCAGUUGAAGGAUGGUAAUCAAAUUCGGCAUGAUGAGGAGCAGGUUAAGAAACAGAGAAUCUGCGGUGAGCCCUUUUGGGAACUACCGGUCGCCAUGUCAGUGUGUACUCCAUCCAACUUCACCAAGGAAUCAGGGGAAGAUAUUUCUCAUGAAAGUGAAGCUUCGAGAGAUUUGAAUUCAUCGAAAGGUGAAAUAACAAAGGAAGCAAUACGUCGCAGCUGUUCAUCAGAAGAUGAUAGUUCAUCGGUAGAUGAUUAUAUAGGUUCAUCGUUAGAUGAUGUUGGUUCUCCAGAAGGUGAUGUUGGUUUGCCAGAAGGCGAUGUUGGUCCACAAAUAGCUGAUUUUGGAGGUUCAUCGUUAGAUGAUUAUGGUUCACCAGAAGGUGAUGAAGGUUCAUCGAUAGAUGAUAAUAGACGCUCAUCGUUAGGUGAUUAUGGUUUACCAGAAGGUUCAUCGACGGAUGAUGUCGAUGGUUCAUCGAUAGAUGAUUAUGGAGGUUCAUCGAUAGAUGAUUUUGGGUCACCAGAAGGUGAUGUAGGUUCAUCGACGGUCAAUGUCGAUGGUUCAUCGAUAGAUGAUGUAGGUUCAUCGACGGAUGAUGUCGAUGGUUCAUCGAUAGAUGAUUUUGGUUCACCAGAAAGUGAUGAAGGUUCUUCGAUAGAUGAUGAUGGAGGUUCAUCGACAGAUGAUGUCGAUGGUUCAUCGAUAGAUGAUUAUGGAGGUUCAUCGACGGAUGAUGUCGAUGGUUCAUCGAUAGAUGAUUUUCAUUCACCAGAAGGGAGUAGAGGUUCAUCGAUAGAUGAUGGUUUACCAGAAGGUAGUAAAGAUUCACGGCAAGGUUGUUCAUUGGAAGACGAUAAUGGUUCACCAGAAAGUGGAAAAGGUUCGCCAAAAGGCGAUUUGUCGAUAGAUGGCAACCGAGCUUUUUCGACAGAUGACAACCGAGGAUCGUCGAAAGAUAAUAACAGGGGUUCGGCCGUGAAUUUUUGCGAAGAAAUCCGUUCAAACGCAUACAGAUCUUUUCUGGGAUAUCUGGCUUCAAAGAUAACAACAGAUACUUGUUUUACUUUAAAUUUCUCAAGUCAAUUUCAGAAUGAUCCUCGUGAGCCCCACUGGACAGUUCUCAGCCUUCGUUAUCAUCAGGGAGCCAAAACGUUUGGUGUUGCAUACCAUCGAGACAAGGAUACCAAACCGUUGGCAGGAUAUGCCGAUGCUGACUAUGGCGGCGAUGUGGACGAUAGGCACUCCAUUUCCGGAGGUAGUGAAACCUGGCUUGGCAACCUGGAGUGCAGCGAAGCAAUUUGGUCGAACUAACUUCAACCGAAGAAGAGCUGAUUGCUGUGUGUGCAGCGGCCAAGAGGAGAAUAUAGUGUAGGUAACACAGAAGAACAAAACACAUAGAUGUAAGGAAUAUUUAUAUUCAAGAAUUGCAAAGAGAGCAAAAGCUCAUGCUGGCAUAUUUCUUUUAAAGUGAGUAAAUAGAAGAAAUCAUUAGGAGCUUAAGUUUCUAGAAAUGUUAAAUAGUUUGAAAUUGAAGAAAUGAGGGGAAGUGUUGAAAUUAGCAUUUCUUAAUUUCAAAACCAUUUUACUCUCAGUGUAGGAAAAUGCUGUCAGUGCCAUGCUGGCAGUGACCACGUGGCCCGAGUUGUUUACAGGAGUUAAAGAGCCAACUGUCAGAGAGGUGGCGGGAGUAUUGAGAGUGCUCACGCACACAGAUGCACUGAUGUGCGACCAGGCUUAUGCAUCGAUAGAGUAGUUAGGUCGCCAUGCAUUUAGUGGCAGGCAUGGCUCAUGCAGUUUUCAAACAGAUUGAUCGAUUAAUUCAUUCAGGCGCUCACGCUGUUAUGCCAGCUUACAUUUGGUAAGUCAAAUAAAUGUUCUAAACCAGAACAGUUUUUGUAGAGAGUUUUUCUCUCUGAAAGAACUCUCGUGUUCCAAAGGGUCCUGGGACAAAUAUUUCUGGUGGAGGUUUCCACAAUAUUUGUUCCAUUCUUGGAUCGUUGAUGUCCACCUUGGUUGCCUAGAAAGGCACUUGUAAUGAUUACGUCUGGUGGAGAUUUCCACAGUAAUAAUUACAAGAAGUUUAGGUCGGACGGUCCGGGCAUCCACUAACACUCACAUUUUUUUAACAGUUGGAUCUACCCUAACCAAGAUCCCGACUGUUUCGAUUGCCCGCGCCGAAUUUUCCAGUAUGGAGUAAGAGAUUCUUUUCCUCACCAGAAUUGCUACUCCUCCCCCUCGGGUGGCUUCCGGUGAGUCUCGAUCUGCUCUAACAACAGAGUAGUUUUCGUGGUACAAUGAGUUGUUGAGCUGUAGCCACGUUUCCGUGAUUACAGCGAUGUCUAUUUCGUGGGUUUCAAGAAAGUGAAAACAUUCCAAAGUCUUGUUCCGGAUGGAACGGCAGUUCCAAUUCACCAAUUUGUGCGAUCCACGGGUGGCCAUUGUAGACGUAUUUGAUGAUUAGUUCGCUGAGAGCAAGAAAUUGCAUUGCCUUGGAUUGGCAGUUCGAGAGACUGUGGAACAGCUGACGAGCAAGACACAUAAACUCUUCCACGGUGAACAAAUUGGGGGACCCGGGCAGCGAGUUUCCCUGGACGAUCUGGGAGUACGAAAAGUUAGGGUUUGUUAUGCUGCCUAGCAGUUGGCUGAUGUCACCACUCGCUCCUCUGGGAGCAGAUACAGGUACUGUGGAAACCUUCGCACGGUUGUUCCCGAGGAUCGGUCUCGUCCUCUUUUUGGCCUUCAACUCCUGCAAAUACUUGAGGCGCGUAGGGCAACCCUUGAAACUUGCUGUGUGGUUCUGACUGCAGUUUGCACAGCGGAUUAACGAGCGGUCCUUGCUGACAGCGGAGAGUGCAUUCCGACGUUUGAUGUCGUUCGCCACACUUGACGCAUUUUGCCUCCAGAUGGCAAUUUCGCAUCCCGUGUCCGUAUUGCUGACACCGAAAACACUGCACGACGUCGGCCUUCUUUUUAUAAUAGUACCUCCACCACACAAUGACGUUGAACAGGGAAGUAACUUUUUGGAGGUCCUGUAGUUUCACGGCUCCAUUCGAAAACUGUAGCAGGUAUAGUGCGUAAUCACCAUGUUUCGAUGUUGCUAGUUGACGGACACUGGCCGGACGAACAUUCACUGCCGCAAGCUCUUGCGUCACUUCUUCAACCGGAAACACCGGCAGGCCAGAGAGAACUAUCUUCACAGGAACUUGGUCACUGGUUCCGUGCGUGUAGAACUGAGUUCGCGAAGCUUCCAGAGUGUUCACUAUUUCAGUAAAGUGUGGCUUAGUUUUCACUUUAAUCCGAAUGUUAUUUUUCCUCACCCGCAGGUGAUAUGUCAUUUUUCGCCACUGUCGUCGUAGAAAUUAUUCGAUUGAGUGUCGGAACACUAGAACCGUAUACGAAGAUCGGCGGGCAUCUCACUUUUGAAACUGAACUUUUCACACCGUUACUAUUUGCAUCACCACUAGUACACUCUCUAGCCCACUGUGCAGUGGCAGAAGCACCGCCAUCGCCAUUGUUGAUAUCCUCCCCGGAUAAAAAAUUACCAUUCAUUACAUGGUAAAUAUUAUUAACAAAUGACUGGUUUUAUUGUUCACAAUAAAACACAUAGUAGAUAUAUUGUUGCUUUUUACAAUAGAAAUCAAGCCCAUAUAGUUCGUACAAUAAGUGAACAUUAGCUUUAUUAGUGACUAAUUGAUUCGAUUGUUUUUCAAUAGUUCUAUAAUAAUUUAAAAUUACUAUCAGUAAAAAUUAAUUUAAGUUGUUUUUAAAUAGUUGCAAAAGUGCCUGCAAAGUUCUCAUGGACUUUUUAUGAAAAAAGAGUUUAUUUCUCAAUCACACUUAAAAACAAUUCGUAACAAAUAAAUAACAAUAAGUAUUAUUGUUGCUUGGAUCAUGUUUGUAUGAUCAAAUACAAAAUCACUUGACAUAUUUUUUAUAGUUUUCGUUUUAAAUUUGAGUACAGUAGAUGUUUCGGUUAUCGAAUGUUAUUCGCUAAAACUUCAACAACUGACAGACGUCAAGCCGUGUUGGCAGAGGAAGCUCUCAAUGAAUAACUGAGGAAGUACUCAUAGAAAACUAGCUGAAAAGCAGGUUUAGCCAAGUGAGGAUGUUACGACAAGAAAAAGAUGAACAAUGAUUUUUCUAAUGUUUUCCAAUAAAUUAAAGGAAUCUAGUAAAUAGUAAACUACCAUUAAUAACAAUACAAAUACAAUUAGUUUAAUGGGGUCAAUUGAACCGAUGUUAAAAUAAACAUGCAAUAAUAUUUGUUGUUAUGUAAACAGAUUUCGCCUUUGAAAAACCAAAGAAUUCAUAUUUCUCGGUAACAUUUUUCUCCAGCAUUUACAGAUACUAAUGGCCACAUGAAUUGUGAACGAUUUAUGGCAUGGAUCAUACGACCUGAGGUCUGGCUUGUGAUAUUUGGCAGUUAUAUGAAAAGAUUGAAGAUAGAUCUUAUCAACAGCUGUCAAGCAAUACAUACCAGACAGACAUCAGACUGUUUGAUUCUUAUCAUAAAAUGUGCAUAUCAUUCUGGCGGACGUUAGUGCUCGUAAAUGCUGGAUAUAAAUGUUAGCGGGAAAUAUAAAUUCUAUGGAUUUUCAAAAGCGAAAACUAGUGCUUACAAAUAACAACAAAUAUUAUUGUAUUUUUAUUGUAACAACCAUUCAUUUGACGCCAUUCAAUUAAUUGUAUUUGUAUUGUAAGAACAAUGAAAAAACAUUAAGAUAUAUUGUUAUCUUUUGAAAAUUGCCCCUAAAAAUGUCUCAUAAAAACACAAUACAUUCUAUUGUUUUUCGCGAAAAAGUGUAUGAAAAUUUUCUCAAAAUUUUAUGGUUAAGAUACAUAACGACCACCAUUUUUUAUUGUAAAAAAGCCAUUUACCAUUCGCCGAAUGGUAUAGAACAAUAGGGGUGAUGGUGAGUUUGCCGUGUAAAUUACAAUGCGUUUAAUGGUGAAUAUUUUUCGAAAAAAUGGUGUUGUAACAAUAAAAUUUAUCGUAUUUUUAUGAUACUUUUUAUCAGGCAGAGCUUUCACAUUACCCCUACCCAUGUUUCAUGCACAAAAACGGUUGGCACCCUCUCGAUUAUUUUACUAUCUCAAAGUAUUCUACUAGGGCUGUAAGCUUAAAAAAUAAUUUCAAAAUAAAAAAUAUACUAUUUUUGAGUUACCAACUCAAUGAAUUGCUGUUUAAAAAUAAACGAAGGAGUGCCAUUUUUUACGUAUACAACCCUGUGGUAGCUCUGACUGCAAGCUCACUUGUUCAUAAAAUUUCAAAAUUUGUACCUGUAGGGCGGGUAGAUUUGAGGUUAGGAAAUCACCAUUAUCCCAAAUGUAUACCUCUUCUGAAUCAUCUGAAAUAAAUAGCAGUUGAAGGUAAAUUUAGAUAAAUGGUUCAUUUUUAAUUUUAGGUUGAGCACAAUAAUCACAUAUCUCCUGGAAAUCUUUCAUCAGAUAACUCUAGAAAACUGUUGAAAUGUUAUGGUUUUUAAACCGAUAGAGAGGAUACAGCUCACUUUGAUUGUGUGCUACUGGUUGUCAAGGCGAACCUGUAACAAACUGUCUCUGCAACCAGAGUUAGAAAUUAUACAUUGAUGGUGUGAAGUGUUCCAAUAUCUAAAAAAUCUUAUCAAAACUUCUCACCGUUUGUUGUAAUUUGAAAGAUAAAAUAAUUAUGGUGAGUUUGAUAAAAUAAUCUAUAUAAAUAAAAUAGUUAUGGUCAGUAUUUAUGUGCAAAGGUGGCGGAAAUUAUGAAAACUUUUCAGUUUGCUUUACGAACAGACGCUUUGCACCGCGUUCACUGUGGCUAUCAAGCCGCGUUGGAAGCCGCGUCAAAAACGCGCCGCACCGCGUCGCGUCGCGUGACGCGUCCACUCUGGCCGCAGCCUUAAGCUACCGUUUUUAUCCUACUCAGAAUAAAAGAUUGAAGCACUGUUUGCUUGUUUCUUAUAUUUGUAUUUUUUGGAUGUGAGCAAAAAGAAUGAAAUAAAUCAGUGCUGUAAUAGUUUGUAUUCAAAUUGAAUGGAUUUGUACGCGUAAGAUUACUAAUGGCACCCUGACACCCCAGUCGCUUAAUUUUCAAUUCAACUUAACCAAAUAAACCCAGAUUAUCAUAAGGAUUAGAUUAGAUUUUCAGAAUAUUUUUUUAUUUUUAACUAAAAAAUUAGUUUCAUGAUUGUAUGUUUCGUCAAACAUGUCAUACGGACAUUCAAGCACAGCGACAUGGUGUCCAUGUGGUGACGGAUUAAUUCCUAUAUUUUGUUGUUUGACGAAAGUUUUCUUCCGAUUGUAUGUACCAUGAAAAGCUCAAACGACUGACGUUGGUGAUCGAACGGGCACGAAUUUAUUUUGGCACCAACAAAUCUGAGAUUUGGUGAUUAUUCAGAAAGUGAACCACUUUCAGUUUUGGAAUACAUAUUAAAUAUGUACAAAUUUUGUUAUUCUCAAUAUGUACUGCAUAAAUACCAGUUCUCUUCCAGAAGUGUGUCGAAUACCAAUUUCGAAUUUAUUCCCAAUGUUGAACAGGUCCCCCAUUAGACCACGCGUCGCCUCUGUUUAACAUCAUAUUUUGUAUUUAUUGAACUUUUAUCGACUUUUAGCAUAGCUAACUAGUGUAUUAAAGAGUAACGGACGAAUACAAACCAAUACGAUUUGUAUUUACAAAGUUAUGGUGAUCCAUCCUUAGGUGACCCAUCUUGCCCCGCCCCACCCUACACUAUACAAAUACAAAUUUAAUUCAAAUAUGAAAUUAUUAGUAGUAUUCAAUUUGCGUAUUCAAUUUGCUAAUACAUAGUUCUCAACAUUUGAUGUGCUCUCGUGAUUCUAUUUUCUCUAUAAUUUUCAAUAUCAAUUUAAAAUAACUAAGAAACUAAUAGUGGGAAGUGCAGCAGUUAACAGUGCUUGCUUAGAGAUUCGAAGCUAACGUGUGAUCAAGACGAAAUCGACAAAAACUGACUACUUCGACUUUGACUAACGUAGACUAUUUAUGACAAAUUAGAUAUUUUUACAUUUUUUGACUGAGUGUAUGAAAGGUUUUCUUUAAGCUGAUAGUGCUAGGGAUGUGGACGAAAGACAACUUUCAAAGAUAAUAAAAACAAUACUAAAAUGAGGAUCAACGAAAAUGGACAUAACAAACACAUCGACUAUCUAACAGAUCAAAGGCACACCAAAGAUUACUGAAUUAUAGCAGGGCACAGCAUAAAUAUGAACAUUCUUUAAACCUUGACAUGACAAAAAAAAAAACAAAUACAAAAUCGACCAUAUGACAAAACCGAAACUUUCACACCUUCUACCGUAACCUUCUGAGUCAGUACGCAACAGUGUCUUACUGGACGACAUGUUCCGUGCACGGCUGGUGAACUGCUUCUGAAGGAUUACGUUCUCUAUCCUUUCCAAAGGCCUAGAGAAGUGUCGUUGUCCGCGCAAACGCGAGACUCUUGUGCGCACAGUGAUGGGAGAGGUUUCUACUAAAGACACUGUAUGCUAAAGACACGAAAUCUGAUGAUUGUUGCUGUUGAUGAUGAUUGUCGCGUCAUGACGAUUAUGCUGUCGAGCAAUGCUUUUAAAUCGCGUUUGACAGGUCUCCUGCUCGAUUGGAAUAACAUUGACAGCAAAUUUGGAAUUCCAAUUGGAACAUUUCGUGUCUUUGCAUAUAGUGUCUUUAGUUUCUACGUCCGUCGGCGUGCCGCUAGGAACCUUUCGAAAAAAAAAAUAAAAAAAAUAAAUAUAUAUAUAUAUUAUUAUAUCCUUUCCAAUAUAUAUAUAUAUAUAAGCUAGAAAUCACAAGAAUCUCGAAUCUCGAUCAAACUCACAAACUAGUGAUUCUAAACCAUACAAACACCUCUGCUAAACAGAAUAAUGAAGGAUCCUGGUGAUGCUAUUACUUACUUCUGGAAUAGAACAUCAAUCAUUCUCAGGAAGGUCGACAAAGUGCCAAUUUUGGCAAGACAAUGUUCGACCAAAUUCAAGAUUUGAAUUCGUUCUUCUUAGUUAAGUUUUGCUGGACGUUUGAAACAAUGCAAUUUUAUUUCGUGAUCAAUAAACAUUUUGUUUCGUCCAGCGGUUGACUAGGCCCUACGUUGUGUUAUUUUACUCCCGGGGGACAAGAGGAAUAAUGACGAACUACUUCUUACUGCUGCUUCAGGUAUAUUUGCACCACAGAGAGGCAGUGCUCCUGCUCUGUGGUGGUACGAUUCUUACAACUAAUUACACAUGAAAUCAGCUGCCGCUUUUAUAGUCGGCAGCGAUAGUACGGGCAACAAGAUAACAGUGCGAUUAGCUUGCAGGCUAGCUCCACGCAGCCCAGUUUGACUGUGACAAUAGUCGCUGGGCUGCUUGCUGCUAGCAGUAGAAUAAAGAUGCGUAAACCACUGCUGCUACUGAGGGCGCCUAGACCACUUAUAUUCGAAUCGAAUAGGACAUUUCGGCGAAGUACUAGAUUUGUAGUAAUGAGCUGAAUUUUAGUAUGGUGAGAAGGUCAAUUCUCCGUUUCUGUAAUAAAA